AUGGCAGCUGUCAGGAAUGGCGUGCUGAGCGUGUGGGUGGUGCCUCCGCAGAUCGUGGGAGACCCCGGAGGCAUCACUUCGUAUACCGUGAGGGGUGUCGCGGUAGGCAUCUCCUCCUCCGUACCACUGAGCACCAUUGAAGCAACUGGAAAAGGCAACACCACCACUAGCCAGCCUCGGUUUGACUUUGCGCCUGGCAAGUUCCUGAGCGGGCGCAACUACUCUAUCACAGUGCGCGCCACCAACCGUAGGGUGGCCCUCGGCGACCAGCUGCAUGUCACAGUGGACCCGCCCACCGUUGUGGGAGGCCCCGGCGACAUCAUCCGCUAUUUUGUCACGGGCCUGCCCAUCGGCGGCGGCCCCACGAUCAGGGUCAACGGCACGGGAGAGCCCACCCGGCUCCGGCCGGGGCAGGUGCGGUUCACCUUUGCCCCCGGCACCUUUAGGAGCGCGCAGCUGUACAACCUGACGGCGGCGGCCGAGAAUGUGAUGGGCAGGGGGCCGGCCGGCGCGGCGCUCCCCUUCCAGACGCCCAGGUCCAAGCCUGCAGCCCCCUCGGUCGUCGACAUCACCAUCAACCGAAACGGCUCCUUCAGCGUCUGGAUCGUGCCGCCCAUCUUUGUCGGCGGCCCCGGCAGCAUCUCCUACCGAGUGCUGGGCGAUGCUGCAGACCCCACCAAGGGCAACCUGUCCCUCAGGAGCCCCGGCCUGCCAUCCAGCGGCGGCCGGGUGCGGGUCACCUUUGCGGCAGGCACCUUCCCGCCGCUGCGCACCUACCUGUUUUAUGCGUUUGCCAAGAAUGAUGUUGGGGAUGGCGACCCGAGCGUACAAGACAUCCAGUUCACCACGCCAGCCAACUUCCCGCCGCCAAGCCCGCCCAAGCCGCCGCCCGCGCCGCGCCCGCCCCGGCCGCCCAGGCCGUCGCCGCCGCGCCCGCCCGCGCCGCCCCAGCCCCCCGCGCCGCCGACGCCCCCGCCGCCGCCCGGCCUGUGGAGGAGCGCUACUUGCUCCCAGCCCGACGACGCCCCCCCCAACUUUGUCUUCUCCAAGGCCCGCCCCCUGCUGGACCUGCCCUACCUGUUUGAGCCCGACUAUGCCUUCUCCCCCGACUCCGUCAUGGGGGGCGACUACUCCGCCACCACCAUCUUCAGCACUUUCUACAGCCCCCGCGCCCCCAUGUCCCGCCCCAACAACGCCUCCGACCGACACUGCUCGUGGUGGAUGAGGACGCCGCCGGCGUGA